GACGCAGAUUAAAUUAGUUUUGGGGGAAACAAAGAGCUGGAGCGGCACAUAAAGGCUGAUGCUGGAGAAGAGUUCACACACGUAACUUUACCGAGACCUCUUUCAACACACAGAUAAAAAUGCGUGGCUUGUUUUCCACCCUUCUCAUGCUGCUUGUGGCCUUAAUGAUCGUCACUACAGAGGCUGGAAAAAACAAGAAAGAGAGGAGUAAGAAUGGUAAGGGAGGUGGAGAUUGUACAGAGUGGCGCUAUGGCAGCUGUGUGGCCAAUAAUGGAAACUGUGGAGCGGGCAUGAGAGAGGGCACCUGUAAUGAGCAGACCAAGAAAGUCAAAUGCAAAGUGCCCUGCAACUGGAAGAAAGACUUUGGAGCUGACUGCAAGUAUAAGUUUGGUAACUGGGGUGAGUGUGAUGUAGCCACAAGCACAAAGAGCCGUUCUGGGACGCUGCAGAAGGCUCUCUAUAAUGUUGACUGUCAGCAAACCAUCUCUGUCUCCAAACCCUGCACCACCAAGGUCAAAAACAAACCCAAAGGAAAGAAAGGAAAGGGUAAAGGGAAUUAAAGCGAGCGGCAGAUCCAGAGGAACAGUGAACACCCAGUGAUCAUCCGUCAGCCAAACACAACAUCUUAUUUCUCUGCUCUGUGUUCUUCAGCCUAACUCCCUCCACAGCCACAACACAAAUAGCUUUUUUCUUGGGUUUGUUUAUGACAGAAUAAUUGACAUGUUACAUGACUCUUUCACAUGUGGAGGGGCGAUAAAAUGCCAUUGUUUACGGUGUGGUGCCCUCUCUCUCUCUCUCUCUCUCUCAGUAGAACUGAAUCAAUUGCAUCUAUUUCAUAACUUUUUACUUACAAAUUUGGUUUUGUAAAAUUGUGGAAUUACAGGAUUGUAGUUCUAGUGGGGUAUAUAAGUAGUGAUUGGAUAAGUCACCUUUCUUUUUGUAGCCUAAAAUUUUAAACUUUUAAGAGUGUUGUUUCAAAUAAAUGAUUUUUCUUUUUCUAUAAACGUUGUAGUUCAUGUAAGGAUUGUUUGGGAAAAUACCCCAAUGUAGUGUAUUUUACCUUCUGACUUGACUGUGUUACUAAUAUAUCUAAAGGUGACAGAGGGUUAUAUGCAACAAGCAUUAAACUGAAUGGACUCUG